GAAUCAUUUCGUCUGAACGACGACUUUUCGCGUUGACUCCUUCGGCGCUUAUUCAGCAUUUUUAGUUGGACCCAUAUUCGUACACCUAUAAUCGAUUUUUGAGUUUCAUUACCAUGCCACCAUCAGGGUUUGCCGCCUUACUUGACCAAAACAUCCAUGUCGUCCCUUCAUUUACACUAGAAUGCGGUAGAGUCCUACGGGAAGUCCCCGUGGCAUACAAAACUUGGGGCAAGCUGAACGAAUCUAGAGAUAAUGUCAUGAUCAUUUGUCAUGCGUUUACUGGCAGUGCAGACGUAGAGGAUUGGUGGGGCCCGUUGAUGGGUCGUGGAAAGGCUUUCGAUUCCAACCGCUUCUUCAUCUUCUGUGCGAACGUUAUGGGUUCGCCUUAUGGCUCAGCGUCACCUGCGACAAUAAAUCCUGACACAGGGAAGCCGUAUGGACCAGAAUUUCCUACGACGACGAUUAGAGACGACGUUCGUCUCCACAAACUCGUGCUAGACCACUUAGGCGUAAGCUCAGUUGCUGUCGUCAUUGGAGGCUCCAUGGGCGGUAUGGCAGUCCUCGAAUGGCCACUAUGCACUCCAAAAGGUUACGUUCGACACAUCAUUCCUAUUGCAACUUCAGGGAGGCACUCGGCCUGGUGUAUAAGCUGGGGCGAAGCCCAACGGCAGAGCAUCUACAGUGACCCAGUAUACGAAGACGGAUAUUACACCUCCCAGCCUGCUUCAGGACUCGCAGCAGCCCGUAUGGCAGCCCUCUUGACGUAUCGCUGUCGAGACUCGUUUGAGAGUCGCUUUGGAAGGAAAGCGCAACGGUCUCUAACGGCUGGAACUCUUACUCCACCAUUGUCACCAGCAUUGUCUCACUGUGAAGACCCAUUGUCUGAUCAUAACGAUGGACAUCGAAACGCAAAACAUCGUUCAUCCGCUUGCCCUUCCCCUACGCACACACCACACACCUCUCGACCGUUGUCACCCCAACCUCGAAAACCCAUUUUCUCUGCUCAAUCAUACCUACGUUAUCAGGGAGAAAAGUUCACGUCACGAUUCGAUGCCAAUUGCUACAUUCACAUCACCCGGAAAAUGGAUACUCACGACGUCGCUCGUGACCGUCUUCUAUACCCAGAUGAAGAUGAGAAUGCCGCGUUUGCCCGGGUCCUCUCAGCAGAACCUCCACGCGCGCUCGUCAUUGGAAUUCAAACGGAUGGCCUGUUCACACCCUCUGAACAACGGGAAAUUGCGGAACAUAUCCCUGACGCGGAACUCGUCAUAAUCCCUUCCCCUGAGGGUCACGAUGGAUUCCUGCUGGAAUUCGAGAUCAUCAAUAGCUAUAUCCUCAGGUUUUUGAGGAGAGAAUUCUCGCAGUAUUACCAGGGAAGAGAGGAACACCCGACGGAAGGUUUCGACGUCAAGAAAACGAGUUUAUUCGGGGAGGCUGAAGCUGACCUUACGAGAUGGUAGAGAAUAGACGGAGUCAUGGAAAUAUAUCAUAGAUGCAAUGUAACCGUAAUGUCAUGCAUACGUCAGCUGGGACAUUGGGAAUAACCCAUUCAACUGGAUGUUUAUGUUAGUUGUUUAAAAGUAGCUCGAAAAACUUUUCAUUCUUCAUUACAAGAUAUGUAUACCCUACAGGCUCACGCCCAUCUUCUAUUCGAAUUCCUGGCUUGGGGCGCUCCAUAUGACAGUACCCACAGAUGCCUAUUCUUCCUCGAGUGCAAGUCCUUGAAGCUCUCGUUCUAAAUUGGAAGCUUCGUCAGCUUCAUUUAGGCCAUCCUCUUUGGUUUCUGUCUCCUAUAGUGCACUUUGCAGUGAGUUAGGUUCAUCUGUCUCGUCAACGGGGCUCACCUUCACAAUCUACUGCCACGGAUCUGUAUGUCUUGGGGGUCCUCUGCUCAUCUUCGU